UAUGUCACUUGUGAAUUCAAGUAAUAUAAAAAUGACCAAUGGCCAAGUAUGGCCAAAACCUAGACUUCAGCAUAGUUAUGACCAAUACUUAAAAUUAAAACCAGACAAUUUUCAUUUUCAGGUAAGCAAAUAAAUAGGCGUAUUAAGAUGAAUAAUUAUUUAUAUAUAUUCUAUGAUGGUGUUCUUAUUAUUGUGAUUGCAUAAGUAAGAAGUUGUUACAUUAUUAAUAUUAACACCUAGGUUAAAGGUUUUCCAAAUUAACAAAUUAUUUAUUAAAUUUAUUUUUUAAGUAGGCGUACAUUCAUCAUUUCAAAUUUAACUGAAAAAAAUAUUCUUCAAUAAGCUGCUGCAGCUCUGAUUUCAUAAAUUAUUUAAAUUUAAAUGUAUAAUAAUGAAAAUAAUAACCUACUGAUAUUUUUUAACUAAACUGGUUAAAAUUAAAACCAAAAAGAAAUGUUUAUUUCAAAAUAUUGUACCUAUAAUUUAAAUUAUACCUAUGUUUAAUAAAGUAUAUCAAUUAAUUAUUAAUCAAUUAUUAAUUAUUUACAAUUCAAAUUUGUUACUACAUGACAAAUUAUAAGGCAGAGAAGUUACAGAAAUUAAAUUCAUUGCAUAUUUAAAUAAUAUACAGGUAUUUACCGUCAUAUUACACACACAAUGAUUAUCUCUAUUUUUUAUUUCCCAUUGUUCGGCUGACUAGUUAAAAGAUGAUCCCAUCACAAAUAUGAUGAGGCUUAACAAUAUUUGAUCAAAAAAUUAAGUAAUUGAACUUAAUUAUUAUUUUCUUUUAUACAUUUUGUUCAACCUUUAACUGUAAUACUUACCCAUCCAUAUACUUAAUAAUAAUCAUAAUUGAAUAUACAAAUCUACAAAUAUCCAAAAAUAAAUAGAAGGUACAAUGGUUCAUUUUGAAAUUAAUACAUUUUAGUUUAUGAAUUUAAAUGAAAACAUAUUUUGAAAAAGUUUUUUUUUCUAUUUUUACCUAUAGUUUAAUGAUAUGAAAAUUGUGAAACAAGAUAAAAUUUAUAAAAAAUAAGUCAAAAUAGGUAUUUAAACUAAAUUCUAGACAUUAUGUUUUUUAUUUUUUUUUUUUCAUAAUCAUUUAUUUGUUUAUUUUACUAUUUUAUAUUAUUUAUAUUUACAAUUUUGUAUGUAUCACUUUGAUAGGUAUUCACCUAUUUAUAAUUAAUUUGUAAAAUAAUAUAUAUUAUUGUUAAUCAAACAAAUUAUUAUACGUUUAGGUAACUGGUUAUAGCUGUGACAUCCUUGAUAUUCAAUUAAAGAGAUACAAACGUAUGCUAUUUUUAAAAGCCAUAAACAAUAAUGAAUACUUAAAUAGUUUAUCUAUGAAUUUUACAAACGAACCAAUGAAAAUGUUAAAUGUACUUUUACUAAACCCAUGUGAAGAUUAUCCUUCAUUAAACAUGGAUGAAAAAUGUUAAGUUAUUUUUCAGCAAUUUAAAUAAUAAGUCUCAAUAAUAAAUUAUAUUUAUAUUUUUUAUUACAGAUGAAAUAUCCAUUAACGAUACCAAUGGAAUUUUAUUAGCAAAUUCUAUAUGGGGUAUUCUUAGAGGCCUGGAAACUUUUUCUCAAUUAGUUACUCUUGAUAAAGAUGGUUCAACGGUAUUGUAUUUUUAUCUAUCACUCGACUACCUAUUUACUAUUUUAAUACCUAAUUUAUGAUGAUUAGGUGAAAUCAUGAGUAAUAUUAUUGUAUUAUUAUUAUUUUUGAUAACCUAUAUAAUUUAAUACUUAUCUCAAAAAGUAGCAUAAUGAUGUUGAAUGUAGGUACAAAAUCAAUAAUUUAUCUUAAUUAAAAUUAUUAAUGAAGCUAUAUUAGAAACUGUUAAUUGGAGACUAGAUAUUUUUUUUUUUUGCCCGAGUCGUUUACUGCACAUAUUAUGUUUUUAUUGAACUUAAAGAACACACAAGAUGUAAACUAAAAAUGUAUAUUAUAUAAAAUAUAAAUUCAAAUUAAACUUAAGAAUAAAAUAAAAUUCUUAACAGUUAUAAAAUUAUUAUAAAUUUAACACCAGUACAAAUAAUAAGUACAGAAACAAAUUCAAAACUAUUUAGAUUCAAUUUAUUUAGUUUUAAUUUUUUCAAUGAUAUUGAUAAUACUAUAUAGUUUAAAUAGAAAAGCAUUAAUAAUUUGUAUAAAUACUCAUUUUACAUUUCAUUUCAUUUUAUAUUCGUAAAAUAUAAAUUAAUGCGUCAAGUGGAAUAACAGGGCCAGUUCACAUAGGUUAGUAAAAUUGCCAAGAGAAGGAAAAAAUGUUUCAAGUGAUAAAUAUUUUCUUCUUUUUCUUUUUUUUCGCUUUCAUUCCUACUAUUUAGGAUCGAACACCCUCGUCGUUAACUUCCACUUGACCAAAUCUCCUACCUCGUACAUACUGGCUGUUCUCGUAUCAUUUUAAACUCAAAACCUUUUUUCGGUCUUUCUUUUCCACUCUUUCCACCAACGUUCAUUUCCAUUACAGUUUUUACUACUGAUUACUCUCUCCUUAAGACAUACCCAAACCAUCUAGGUCUAUUUCGUUUCAUUUUGUCUAUUAUUAAAAGCACGCCUAGCUAAGCUACAUGUUCUGUUCUCAUUCCUCAUUUCAUCUCAUUCUAUUUUCUCUUGUCACUCACUUACACCAUGUCUCCAAUUAAGCAUUCUCAUAUUUACUACAUUCAUUCUCGGUUAUUCGUCUGCUUACCACUCAACACUCAGAAGCAUACAAAAUAGUUGGUCUCAUCACACUUUUGUAGAAUUCACUAUGAUAUCAUGGGAUUUACCUUAAGUCUUAUAGGAAUAUUCUCUUGUCAAAUAAAAACAACUAACGCUUCUCUCCAGUUGCAUAUUUAAUCGUUGCUGCAUACAAAAAUACAUUAAAUUUCUCUCUAUAUCCUACCUUCCCAACUUCUCACUUAAAAUAGUGGCCCACCCAUUCGGUUUUUUUUUUUUUUAUUCUUAUAAAUAACUUUAUUAUAAUUUGACUAAACUUUUUAUAACUACACAGUUUGUUAUUAGAUGUACGUCAAUAACGGAUUAUCCUAAAUUCAGCCAUCGAGGCUUUUUAUUAGAUACUUCUCGUCAUUUUUAUCCUGUCAAAUCGAUAUUAGACACGUUAGACGCCAUGUCCUAUUCAAAACUAAAUGUGUUCCAUUGGCACAUAGUUGACGACCACAGUUUCCCAUUUCAAAGCAGAGCUUUUCCAAAUCUUAGGUUUGAUUUUAAACUGUUUUUUUUUUAUUAUUAUUAUUACUUUUUAUUAAAUUUAUUUAGUAAAAAGGGUGCUUAUGGACAUUCGGCUAUUUAUACCAUAAACGAUGUUAAACUUAUAAUCGAACACGCAAAAAUUCUUGGUAUUCGUGUUAUUCCAGAAUUCGAUACUCCAGGUAAGUGAUAAAGAGUAACAUACUUACAGAACUAACACCAUUGUCAGUUAAUUAGCAUAGUAUUAUGGAGGUUUAAAAAUUAUAGGGCACGCUUCUUCUUGGAGACUUGGCGGUAUACCAAGUCUACUAAUUAACUGUUCGAAUAAUAUUGAUCCUAAUAAUUUUGGUCCCAUUGACCCGACGGUACAAGAAAAUUACGAUUUUAUCAGAACUCUUUUUACUGAAGUCGGAGAAGUAUUUAAAGAUCAGUAUUUACACCUCGGAGGUGACGAAGUAGUGACAGCGUGUUGGUUAGUAUGUAGAUAUAAUUUCCUGUUGUUAACAAUACUCAGAUGUCCUGAUACUUAGGUAACUACCUAGUUUUCUAUCAUUUACAGGUCCAACGACAAGAGAGUACAAGCAUUUAUGCAGAACAAUAACAUCAGUAACAUCACGGAAUUAGAAAGUUAUUAUUUUAAAAACAUAUUUAAUAUAACGCGGACAUUAGAAACUGUUCCGAUUGUAUGGGAAGAAGUAUUCGACGAGAACAUUCGUCUAGACCCUAAUGUGGUAGUGCAAAUUUGGAAAAAUGAUUUUAAUGAAACUCUACAAAAGGUAUAUAGGUAUAAAAUAUUAAAUAUAAAAUUGGUUUUAUAUUGUUCUAGUAUACAUUUCAUAUUAGGUUUAUAAAUUUAUCUUUUUUUUUUCGUAGGCCUUUGUUUAUCAUCCAAAACAGUUAUUGUUAUUCUUCUCUGAUAUUUCUUAUUUUGGUUUUUAAUUAAUUUCAAUUUAUAAUGUGAGAUCCAUAGGUUUUUUUAUCGAUCAAUAAGAGGUAUUUUUUUAAGACAUGUUAAAACUGGACUAGGUUAGGUUAAGACCGAGAAAAAAGUUUUUCAAUAUACACAAAUUUGAAAAUAAUACAUUAUUACAUAAUACAUAAUUCGUAAUUUUUCUCGUUUUCCUUUAUUUUUCCUGGUUUUUCUCAAUUAUUAUGAAAACCGUUAGUAAAAUCAAAAAAUGACCUCAUUAAAGUACCACCAAGAAAAAAUUUCUUUUUAGUUUCACUCAGAAUCUAAGGUAUAAUAAAUAUGAUGAUUUUGUUAGUUAUUUUAUUUUAUUCUAGAACUUAAGAUUUUCUUUACAAAUAAUAAGAUAUAGGUAGGUAAUAAAUUGGUUUUAGUUUUACAAUUUUAUAAUAUUAUUUUUAAACCAAAUUUAGUAUUCAGUUGUAAAUAUAAUGAAGUGUUAUACAAAAUGUUUAAUGAAAUAAUUGAAUAUUAUUUAUGAAAAAAAAAAUAUUUACAAUUUUCCUUGGGGAGGAGAGGGGGGAUAAAUGUUCAUGGGAUGAAAAUAUCCGUAUUAAAUAGUCAAGUAUCCAAAUGUCAAUGUCUUAAUCGAUAUGGCAAUACCAUUAUUAUACCACUUUAUCUUUUCACAAAAUCAAAUCCGUCUAUUUCUUAGAAAAAAAAAUAAACUUAUAUUCAUUGAGAAUGUUUUAUACAACAGGUAUUGGAAUCUGGUCAUCCGGUCUUGUUGUCUAGUUGUUGGUAUCUUAACUACAUUCAGUAUGGAGCAAACUGGAUGAAUUACUAUAGUUGCGACCCAAGCAACACGACUACCAAUCGUAGUGAUCUGAUUUUGGGUGGCGAGGCGUGCAUGUGGAGCGAAUUCGUGGAUGACACGAACGUGUUGCCAUUUUCAUGGCCGUCUGGCUGUGCUGUGGCAGAAGUCCUAUGGUCACACGUGCUCAACAAGACCGAAGCUGCAGCUCGGCUCGAGGAACACGUUUGCAGGAUGAAGCGUAGAGGCAUACCUGCCAGGCCAGCCAAUGGGCCCAACUAUUGUUCAUACUAGGUCACUAAAACAUUAUUUAUGUGCUAUAUAGGACCGUAGAUGAAAUUGAAUGAUCAUAUUUUGUUAUAUUUUUUUUUCUUUUAGGACCAAUACUAUAGAUUGUGUUAUUUAUUAAUAUUAUGUAUAUUAUCAUAUUAUCAGUAAUCAAAUAUAAUUUUUC